AACGGAACAAAUGAUAAUGCAGACCGACGUCGGAAUAGAUCCAGCGCGGCAUGGGAAUAUUUCGAAAUAAAGGACCCGCAUAAAAAAAUCGCCGCAUGCACCGUUUGUGGGGCGAAGUGUUCUUAUAGAGCAUCUGUUAGUAAUUUGACGAAACAUGCGCGGAGGAAGCAUGGAUUGGGACCUUUUAGGAGUAGCAGCAUGGAUAAGUCCGAUGGAGAACAGGAAGCUAGUGAUGUGGAACAGAAUAACCCAGCGCCGCCAACGGGGACAGUCAUGCGCGCGCAGCGUUCCAUAGUAUGGCUGUAUUUCAAAUGCGUAGACCCAGAAAGUAAAUACUCUCGGUGCCUAAUCUGCAAAAAGAUUUUAUCGCAUUCGACCACUUUGACUAAUUUGAAGAAACACCUCGCGAGGAAGCAUCCUGAUGUCAAGAUUCCGGAAAGGGAGGAUGGGCGCAAACGCAUUCUCCUAUCAUCCGGUGGGGAACUUUACGAAGUCGAAACAAAUUCAAAGUUGGAUGACGAUGAGAUUUUGGCCCAUGACGACGAUACACAGCACGACCAAACAGUAGAGAUGGACACGGUCUACUUAGAAGAUUUCGAUGCUCUGGACACGACACCGCUUAAGAAAAAGCAGCGCCAAGCAAAAGCGGAAAAAACUAAAAUUCCCGAAUUCGAGAGUAGCUCGGAAGACGAAAUUACAUUUUCCAACAAAUUUACAAAGAAAAAAUGCGAUUCCCUAGACCAUUUCGGGAAAUAUCUAGUCUCCCUGCUAAGAAAUCUACCACGCGAAACGUCAAAUACGCUACAAGCAGAUUUUGUGAAACAAAUAAUGUCGGUCCAAACUAGUGAUGCGCCCAUCACUGCUACUGACACAUACUCGACUGUUACUGAUAUAUUUGAUCAGAAGGGUGAUAAAAUUAAUUAAUAAAUAACAACUAGUUGAUUAACUUGUAUGCUUGAGAAAUGCUUUAAAAAAAAUACUGUGGUAUUAUUUACGCAUCGGUCGACGUGU